CGAAACGCAGUAGCUGCUCACAGAGACGCUUGCAGACCUGUUGGACUGUUUGUCGCCAGUGGUAACGGGAAAAGGCAGUUUCUCGUCGCUGUUGUAGCUGCUGCUGCUGUGGUUUGCAAUAUUGGCCAUUGUUGCAUGCUUCUUCUUCGGCAAAAUCUCUUGAAACCCAUCAUGGAUGUCGUCUACGGCCUUGAAUUGUCCCAAAGACAGUGUCGGCAUUCCUAAUUCCAGUGGCGGCAGACGCAUAAUAAUAGACAUCAUGAUGGCCUCUUCCACUGUCUGGGUCGACAAAAUGACGUCCUCCUGGUUCACGUAUCCGGCAAGCUGGCGCAUGCUGCUGCCUGAAGCCAAGCGGCCAUUGAUCCAGAUGUUGCCGCUCGUAGUCCCCUUAGUGGUCUGGCCGGCUAGCAGAUUUAGCAAGGUGGUCUUGCCUGAGCCUGAAGGUCCCAGGAUGGCGGUCAGUCGGCCUGGCCUGCAUGUCCCGCUAACUUGGUUAAGAAUAACCUUGUCCUCGUACUUGGCUCUGGUAAAUGGUGCUUUUAGAGCGUGAAGAGCGGAUGAGACACGACUGGGGUUAGUGUUUUCAGCGAGGGUAGGCUUGACAGGCACCCUGACAGAGUAUGUCAGCCCUUCGAAUGAGAUUUGCAGCGGAGUGGUUUUUCCCAUUUGGAUGAUACCGCUAAUAGAAAGAUAAAA